CAGAUGCAGGCUGUCCUUGACUGGGCAAAAGAGCUUGGUGCUCAUGACAUGCCAUCUCUUUAUGCAAUAAAACAACAUCAGAAGUAUCUUCAAGACACAGUCAGUGAUCCAACAAUGAGGGUGGUGUCUCCAUCCAGCAACAUCUUUUAUGUCAACAAUAUUGCAAAUGUGAUUGCAAAGGACUAUGCAAACCCCCUCACACACUUUUCAAUGCAAGACUUUCCUGAGGACAGAGGCAAUGGAAGGUCUCAAGUGUUCCAUGGGGACAAAUUACUUCAUGAAUUGCCAUUGCCACCUGCCACUCAUGCUGGUUUUCUUGUCAGUGACAAGCUGGAAAUAGUCCUGACCUUGAUGUUCAAAUUCUCCUUUGAGGAGCCUUCCUCCAACCCUGCAGAGUUUUCAUGUGGAUUUAUGGAGUCAUCUAAAAGGUAUGCAUUGCUGAUGCCAAAUCCAUGGUGCAAAAAAUCAAGUGGCCAUAUGGUCUAUCGUGCCCCCCUUAUCAUUUUCAUGGACAACAUCUCUGGUGAUAUCUCAAAGCAAUGGAACAAGCACUUCAUAAUAUACAAGUCAAAUGCUUCCCUCCCAUGA